AUGUCAACGGCGCCGGCCGAGAAGCGGAUACUGCUGGAGGGGCUGAGUCUGAAAACGUCCAUAAGCGAUGUUGAGAAGUUUUUUACGCGAUGGGGCCCGUUGUCGGAGUGCACCGUCAUGUUCGAUAAGAAUACAGGGCGCUCAAGAAGUUACGGCUUCAUCUGCUUCGUUUGGGAGCACCACUGCGACCAGUGUCUGGAAGCGCAACCACACGUCAUCGACGGUGUACAGAUCAGGAUGCGACUUAUCAAAGAUGUUUCAGUGAAUCCAGUUGUUAAGUAUUUAACCACAAACAAAUUGCUGGUCUCAUUUGCUGGCGCAGAAAUUUCUAUCGAUGAUAUCGAGAAGUAUUUCGCGAAAUUUGGAGCAGCACAUGUACAAUAUGCAGUGAAUAGUAGUACAAAGGUUUUCGUUUUACAUUUGGCCACUUUAGGAGCGUCCAAAUUACUGUUGCGUUUCUCAUCACAUUGUCAUUUUUAUGCGUUUUGUGCUGUGUAG